GGAUCUCGGAUUAGUGCCACUGCUGGUUACGUGUAUGCGCUACGGCCUACCACGGAUUUGUGGACUCGUACGCUUCUUCGGCGCACACAAAUCAUUUAUACUCCCGAUGCUGCGUUGAUUGUUAUGCUACUGGAUGUUAAGCCUGGCUCGGUUGUUUGUGAGUGUGGCACGGGAAGCGGAUCUCUUUCACAUGCUCUAGCAAUGGCGAUUGCUCCAACAGGGCAUCUGUACACGCACGAUAUAGAAGAACCACGAGUGAAGCAAGUCGAGCUUGAACUAAAGAAGCAUGGCUUAGGCGAUGUGACGACGUGCGUGCAUCAGAAUGUCCUCGAAGAUGGAUUUUUCGUCGAAAAUGCAUGUGACGCAGUUUUUCUGGAUCUCCCUGCACCGUGGAUAGCAAUUGCGCAUGCAAAACGUGCCCUCAGUCGAGUGCGCGGGGGACGCCUUGUCAGCUUCUCUCCUUGCAUCGAGCAGGUGCAAAGGGCGUGCAGUGCGCUUCGAUGCGAAGGUUUCAUGCAAAUCAAUACUGUGGAAUUGGUGCCAAGAAAACUGAAUGUAACUAUUUUUUUGAUUCAAAUUAAGGUUACAUUUCAAGAUAUCUACUGGUCUGUCCGGGUGUUUCGGAAGGUUGGUUUUUGA